AUGUGCGGAAUAUUACAGGCCGUUCGCUUCAAGAAGCGCGUCGUUCCUCGGGGCGAUACAUUGGAGCUACAGUGUCAUAUCUUGUUGACUGAUACUCGUGAACAAACGGGAUCUCCUGGACAUACAGGGUGUCUCAUAAUAGACGCAAACUUUGAUCGGAUGAGUAAACGUAGCCAAUCAAAGAAAGGAUGA